GCGCGGCUCCCGGGGCCUGGAACGCGCUCUGAGUACGCCGGUCCCUUCAAGGUUGCGCGGGCUCCCGACGAGACCCGGCCCAGCCGGGCACCCCCGCGCGCUCCCGGAUCUCGCCGGCCUCGCGCCGGCCGGUUGCCAUGAGAACCACGGAGCCUCGGAACGCCCGCAGACUAGCCUGUAUCUGAGGGGGCGAGGGAUACCGAGGGCCAGGCAUGGAGCUGCCAGAUCCGGUGCGCCAGCGGCUGGGAAACUUCAGCCGGGCUGUGUUCACUGAUUCCAAUCGGACCGGUCCGGAGUACAGUGAGGGUCCCGAAAAUGAAAUGGUCUCCAGUUUGGCAUUGCAGAUGUCACUUUAUUUUAAUACCUACUAUUUCCCACUGUGGUGGGUGAGCAGCAUUAUGAUGCUUCACAUGAAGUAUUCAAUCUUGCCUGAUUACUACAAAUUCAUUGUGAUCACUGUUAUCAUCCUAAUAACCUUAAUUGAAGCCAUCCGGUUGUAUCUGGGCUACAUGGGUAACCUGCAGGAGAAGGUUCCUGAGUUGGCUGGCUUUUGGCUUCUGAGCCUUCUAUUGCAGUUACCUUUAAUUCUUUUCUUGCUCUUUAAUGAAGGCCUAACAAAUCUGCCCUUGGAAAAAGCGAUACAUAUCAUCUUCACUCUCUUCCUUGCUUUCCAAGUUGUUGCAGCAUUUCUCACCUUAAGGAAAAUGGUUAAUCAGUUGGCAGUUCGUUUCCACCUCCAAGACUUUGACCGGCUCUCUGCAAACAGAGGAGACAUGAGAAGGAUGAGGUCAUGUAUAGAAGAGAUCUGACCCAGUGUUGAGUAAAAAUCUGACAGAUCAUUCUAGAAGACUGUAAGAGUUAAGAAAAUAUAAGAGCUCUAAUACGAAAAAAGGGACAAAGCAAUUGUUUUGUAUACACUCUCACUCUGAAAUUCCAAGGUUGGGGGCAAUGAUGAAACUUUGUACAAUGUAUGAAUCAGUAUAUUAGCCCCAAAACCUAGAUGUUGUCCACCUGAUGCCAAAUUUCUUAAUGUUUUUUGAUGUUGUCUUUUUCAGGAGUGUAGAAAUGUAUGUAUUGGUGGUUGUCAUUUGCCAGCUCUCCUGUAGUAAUUCUGGUUAGAAUUUGUAACUAGAGAUGUGUACAUUUCUUUAAAACUUGUUGGUUGUCCGUGUCUUGGCUGUACAUAUGACCAUGUUUCUUGACAUGGAAAUGCCAGUCAAUGUUCCUAUGUAUCUGACUAUAUUUAUAAACCAAGAGACCCGCCAGGCGCAGUGACUCACACCUGUAAUCCCAGCACUUUGGGAGGCCAAGGCGGGUAGAUCACGAGGUCAGGAGAUCGAGAUCAUCCUGGCUAACACAGUGAAACCCCGUCUCUACUAAAAAUACAAAAAAAAAAAAAAAUUAGCCAGGUGUGGUGGCGGGCACCUGUAGUCCCAGCUACUUGGGAGGCUAAGGCAGGAGAAUGGCAUGAACCCAGGAGGCGGAGCUUGCAGUGAGCCAAGAUCAAGCCACUGCACUCUAGCCUGGGCAGCAGAGCAAGACUCUGUCUCAAAAAAAUAAAUAAAUAAAAAAUAAACCAAGAGACCAAAUUUUCAUGUCUGCUAGGGUUAAAUUCUAACCCUAAUAUUAGCUGUUAUACUGAGAUUAAGAAGAAAACAGGUGGAUUGCCUUGGUAUUUAGGAAAUAUUUUUGUUAUAAAAUUAUAACUUUCAUAAAACCAUAUUCAGUAUUUGUAAUAGUGGUAUACAAAAUGCUUUUACAAUAAAUUAUUAAAUAUUUAAGGUAUCAACAACA